CUUCCAGCACUUCCACCACCUCCACCACCUCCACCACUUCCACCACUUCCACCACCUCCACCACUUCCACCACUUCCAGCUCAAGUACAGCAACAACAGCCUCCUCCUUCUGUGAGUGCAUACCUCAACAGUCUCCAAAUCAACUCUACAAGUCAGCAGUCUGUCUCUCUUGCUAAUGAGGAGGAGGAUUUGUACCCCCGAGUUGUUUGGUGCAUCCUGGCAGAUGACGGAAACUGGGAAAGACUUCCCAGAACAGCCAAAUACCAAUUGGAAAAAAACGAAUUAACAGAAGGAAUAACAGAUGCACAGGGACUUAUAUGGGAGGUUGAUGUACAGGCAAUGGUGGCCACACGACCACUGAGAGGACAGACGACGAAGCUGAAACGACUUGAGAAUCUUCCAGACUUUACUUUCCCUCUGUACUGGGACAGCAUGGCUGCCAGUGAAAGUAUGAAGGUCAUUCCCCUGGAUCCUUCUUCUGUAGAGUACCGAACAGUGAAGGAGGCCUUCAAACGAACCGUCACCAAAACUGUGAUGAAGAUUGAGCGUUUGCAGAACGUUCACUUGCGUCGCGCCUAUGAAGCGCACAAGAAGCAAAUUUCUGAUAAGAAUGCAUGGGAGGGAGGAGAAAGAGAGAAACUUCUGUACCACGGGACGACCCAGGAAAAUUGGUACUCCAUAAUGAAAACUGGAUUCAACAGGAGCUUUGCUGGGAAAAAUGGUGAGUGUUUUUAUAGUCUACAAUUACAGAACAUAUUAGCAAUUAUCUCCUAACGUUUUGAAAAGUACCAAAUGCAAACUGUCAGUGCCAACAAC